AUCGCGCACCGCACGGACGCACCCCCGGUCGAAAGCAGUGUGCAUAAAGUGAAGUUUCCUUCUCCAUCCAAUGCCACCAUGUACGGUAACGGUUGGCGUACGAUCUUAGUAGCCGUGUGCGUUACUGCUGUUACAAGGGGUUAUAGUGGUGGCGUGUACGCAACAGACAGCUGUCCGAUCUAUCUGACACUGUCCGCGUUGGCUCGUUCGUUAGAGGACGCUCCGCUGGUGAUCAACUGGGGCCCAGGCUGUGAGAAUCCACCGGAAUGGAUUGGGUUGUACACGGAAAAUCCAGCCCUCUCGAACGCUUCCCCAGCGGUGAAGGUGGUUGUAAGUGGAGAGCGCAGUGGGCAGGUCACAACGGAGCUAAAGUUUGGCCGUCGCAAACUGCCCGGUGGCUGGAGCCACGAACAAGUGCUUCAGCACAUCCCGAAGCGCAAGAGCAAACCGAUCUGCUUCGACCUGUACCUAACGAGCUACGACCAAGCCGGUGAGCUGCAGUACUUCGACUGUCUGAAGAUACAGCCGACUUGGAUGUUUAGCGAGCCGGGGCUCGGGAACGUAUCGCUCCGGGAGCUGUUCCUGCCCGGGACGCACUGUUCCGGCUGCUACCAGACGCGCACGAACGUCGGGAACGUGGUGCUGAAAAAGAUUGGCUUCCGCCAGAGCCUGGACGUGUGGAGCCAGCUCGUGUUCGGGAUAAGGUAUCUGGACUUUGCGAUCGGGUACUACCCGUCGCACAAUGGGACGCGCAACUUUUGGAUCAUGAACGAGCAGUUCCGGGUGGGUGCGCUGCGGCCCAUCCUGCAGGACAUUAGGCGCUUUGUGAUACUGUCCGAGGAGACGGUGUUUCUGGACUUUCGGCGAUUUCCGCUCGGGUUUCACAAUAAUCCGGAGCAGCACGAGGCGCUGCUGGAGCUGCUGGAGCAGGAGCUGGGAGAUUUGGUGUACCGGAGGAUGCCGCUUCUGUCCGGAGAGGAUGAGCUGGAGGGCAGCGAGUCGUACAACCUGACGCUCGGGGAUAUGCGCCGAGAGGGAAAGUACAUACUUAUCACGUACAAUCAUGAGGCGAGCUUAAAUGAAUCGGACAUUAUAUGGCGAGCGUGGAAAAAACACUCGAGCGCUUUCCUGAAGCACACCGAGCUGGGCGAAUGGAUGCAGAAUCUGUUCUCCCACAAGCAUCCGGACGCGCCGCGCAACAUUGGCUGGAGUCUGCACGGUGUGCAAGGCUUCCACGGCAGCUAUAAUGAAGAGGAGGCCACCUUCCUGAUGCCGGCGGAACGGGCCAGCAUCGUCAAUCCGAAGCUGAUGCAGCUGCUGAGCGGCCCGUGGAGUCAGCGGGCGAACGCGGUACUGGUGGACUUCUUCACCAACACCAACCUGGUCGAGCUGGCGGUUAACACGAACCAGUACAAAACGCUACGCAAUCCCGCCAACGAGGCCGUGGUGCUAGACAUUCAGUGAGGUUGUGAAUGCAGUGAAUCCAAAGCGACAGAGUCUCGGCAGUUUGUUGGACGUUCGAAUAGAGCAUCAUGAACAUUUCAUCGUGGAAUGGGCGGAACAGGUGGUCAUUUUUGCCCUUCAUUAGCAUGAUAGGAUAGGUGUAAAGGUGCGAUCAUUAAUCGCUUUUCCGUACUGAAUAAAGUUAGCUGUUAAGGUGUAGUUUUAAAAAUA